UUGCCGCCCUCCUCCGCUUCCACCUCCUCUCCCCCCCACCCCGCCAAGUUGAGGCCCCCCCCGGGGGGGGGAGGCCCGGGACCGGGAGCGAAUUUCCCUAACUCCCUCAGCCCCUCCCCCCACCUGGCCCGAGUGUGAGGAAAAGGGCCCGGUCCGGCCCGCGUCGUGUGUGAGGAGGACCCGGGCCGGCCCACGGGCCGUCUGGGGCCUGGUCCGGCCCGCCGGGUGUGUGAAGACAAGCCCGGUGCGGCUCGGGCGAGGACGAGCGGAGGGGAGGGGCCUGGUCCGGCCCGGCCGGUGCGAGAGGACUGGGGCCCCGGCCCGGCGCCGCCGCCGCGAUGGCCCAGCAGCAGAUGACCAGCUCGCAGAAGGCCCUGAUGCUCGAGCUGAAAUCCCUGCAGGAGGAGCCGGUGGAGGGCUUCCGGAUCACCCUGGUGGAUGAGUCCGACCUCUACAACUGGGAGGUUGCCAUCUUCGGACCCCCCAACACCCUCUACGAAGGCGGCUACUUCAAGGCGCAUAUUAAAUUUCCUAUUGACUACCCAUAUUCACCACCUACCUUCAGAUUCUUGACCAAAAUGUGGCAUCCCAACAUUUAUGAGGUAAGAGAUAUAUGUUGUACAGGAAAAAGUUUUCCUCUGGGCAGUGAUGUGCCCAAAUUUGGCUUCAUAUCAGAAUCUUGUGGAGAAGUUGUUAAGAAUAAAGAGUGGAAUCCUACUCAGAAUGUCAGGACUAUCCUGUUAAGUGUAAUCUCAUUGCUCAAUGAGCCCAACACCUUCUCCCCAGCCAAUGUGGAUGCUUCGGUUAUGUUCAGAAAAUGGAGGGACAGUAAAGGAAAAGACAAAGAAUAUGCUGAAAUCAUUAGGAAACAGGUUUCAGCCACUAAAGCCGAAGCAGAAAAGGAUGGAGUGAAGGUCCCCACAACCCUGGCGGAAUACUGCAUCAAAACUAAAGUGCCUUCCACUGAUAACAGCUCAGAUUUGCUUUAUGACGACUUGUACGACGAUGACAUCGACGAUGAAGAUGAGGAGGAGGAAGAUGCCGACUGCUACGACGACGAUGAUUCUGGGAAUGAGGAGUCGUGACGUGCUCCUUCAGUGCCCCUGUACUGCCCGGCCUUCUCAGGCCAAAGGGAGGGGAGCAAGUGGGGACCUAGCAGUGGCCCCUCAACAAAAACCUAUCACGGGGGUGGGAAAACAAACACGGCUCCUGCUGACUCCCCUUAUGGAUCAGUUUGCUCCUUUUUAUGGACCUCUUAACAGAGAGAAAGUACUCCUCCACAGAAUGUCUGAAUUCUUGCAUUCUUUACCCUUCCAUCACUGUAUUGAUUCUUUUUUUUUCUUCUUUAAACCCAAACUUUCGCCUCACUUCGUCUCUGCAGAGUUUUCUCAGCAAAAACACGUUUGGUCUGUUUUUAGAUUCUUGAAGAAUUAGUCUUUCAUCAAGGCGUUUGUGUUUAAAGCUGGGAACCCAUUGGAAGUUCACAAGUGCUGCAUAUUGCUGAAUAGCAAAAGAAAAUGGAAAAAAAAAUAUAAAAACCCCACAAAACAAACUUAAAAAAAAAAACAAAUUUGCCAAGGUUUAGCUGCUCAUUUACAUUAGUGUGUGUGCAUUCGAUCAGCCCCAUGGUGGUGAGUUUUGUUUCCUUUCCCGUCUUAAGGCUGGGAUACAGUGGGCAUCAGGGACUUCGUGUGGAGCCUGAUGAAAUGUGUUCCUAAGGGCACAGAGACCCUUUAGCCUCCAGGAAACCAUCCUAACACAGGGGGUCUCAGCUACUCUGAGGAGAGAGAUCAGAUUUUGUUUUUUGAAAUCGAUUGGGAUCUAAAGCCUGAAAUAAAUAUUCAUACUUUACAUAGAACUGAGCACUUGAUUGCUAUUUAUUUUAAAGACAAGAGUUGUUACCCUCCCCACCCCGAGGGAGUGGGCAGCGAGUGGAGACAGUGCGCGUGUGCGUGCGUGUGUAUGUGUGUGUGUAGUCUUAGUGAUUGGGAACAGGGAGUUUAAAAUCACUAUGCCAAUCUUGGUUGAUGCUGCUGGGGGAAAAAAGUCAAAACUACUGGUGACCACUGUUGGGUAAGAAAACAUCUUAUGUGAACAUGGCCUUUCCCUCAAAGAUUUUUUUAAAAAUCCUCAUGGUGAGAGUGUUAAGUAGCCAGUUUUAAUUACUCAGUAUUAAUCCUAGGUGCAUGUGUUAAGAUUUUGGUUUUCAUUGAGCUGCUUAUGCCGAUAGUGAUAGCUGUGGAUAGGAGACACGAGUGACUGGUUUCUGCUUUCCUCGUUGGAUGUAACCUGGACUCUUCUCUCCUUUCAAUGUACUCUGGCUGUGGAGGGCAAGCAGAAGUUGUGCAUGGAGCUUGCGCCGGGCUGCCUUGACUCUUCUAGCAGGGCCGAGGGGACUUGGCUGCAGGCAGUGUCCGGGCAACGGCUAGCUCUUCCAGCUGUGCAGUGGCUGCAGCUUUGACUUCCCCGGUCUCAAUCACGUGUUACUUCAAUCAAUACUGAGAUCCAUCAGCCUUCACCAACCAGGGACUUAAGAACUUGGCGGUGAUUUUUGUUUCUUUUGGGAGUGGGCCAGUCCAUCGGAGGGCAGUGUUCUUUCAGUGGGGAAAAUCAUGAUAAUGUAAAAAUUAGACUUCAGAAGGAAAAUACAGCAGAGAUUGGCUAUGAUCCUCCUCCAGAUCCCUGUGCACAGAUGUCAACUUCUUCGGAUCAUAGCUCAGAAAGAACCAAAGGGUUGAUGAGGGACAGGGGUAGGAUGGAUCUUAGAACAGAGUAGGUGAUGCUUAUUACUUCCUUAGCUCCUCCUUCCUUUCUGAUCUCAGGGUUUUCAUUAGUUCUUCAAACUCCAAACAUUUGCUGACUAAUCCCCAGCAGACCUCUCUGGCCUCUAAAGUUUGAUUUGGUAUUAAGUGGGGAUGUUAACAUGCAAAGGUUCAUAUGGGACCAUGUUGAGCCUGGUCCCAGAAUCUCUGUCCAAUCCACACAGGACUAGGACUCUUUGCACCUCUGAUCUAGUGAAUCCAGUCAGAUUCAGAGAACAGAACAGCUCUUUGUGACAAAACACUGGCCACACAUUCUCUUGAAAGAUGUUAGAACUAGCUUUUUACACCCUAUGCUGAUAAUCUGCACAUCUUCUGGAGCGCAGGCUCUCAUAAUGCUGAUUACCCUGUCACCCCCACACACGUUUACAGCCGGUAGCUUGGUCUUCUCUCUUGGAGCCCUAUAUGGAUUUACUUUUAUCCCUUAUCACAAAAGCAUUUCUCUACCAGGGCAGGCCAGGCAGAAAGUGCUGUGCUGCUCAGCCCUGUCCAUUAGGCCCUGUUGGCCUCUGUUGCACGUUGACUCAGGGAGCCAGAGAGCCAGGUGGAGGUCAAUACCUCUUAGCCCUUUGGGGUGUUACUAUUGAGGGCUGGGUUUGCCUCUGUUAGGAGUACAAUCAAUUCCAGAAAAGACUUGGCAUGUGUUGAUUGGCUAGCAGGUAUAUUCUGAUAACUCAGACUGACCUGUAAAACCCAGAUGCUGGUUCCAGAGCUCUGUCCUGAGAACACAUCCUGUGGCAAAAAAAAAAAAAAACUUGAGCAUGUAAUUUUCUUUUUGAGAGUAGAGGUCUCAGGCUCAGGCCACAACCUUGUAAGUACAGCUUUGAUUAUUUGGUGUUGACAUGAAUUCAGAAUCCUGCAUUUUUAGAUUCCUUUUGAUUCUAGUGGAGGCUUCUUUGGAUGCUCUUCAGGUUUGUGUGUUUUGAGGCUGGGUGGAGAAAGUAAUAUUUUGGUUCCAUUGUUGCUUCUCAAAGUCUUCCCCCUCUUUCUAUUUCAUAUCAUUCCAGAGUUCUUUUCUAUUAGCCAAACUUUUCUGUAGCCCCUUCUUUCCUCUUCCCUGGUGAUUACUUGCUUCUUUAUUUGCUGGUUUCCUUAUGUUUGGGACAUAUGCAGUAAGAAAUUGAAGGGGAAAGUGUGUAGUUCUCCACUGAAAGUUAACUCCCCACCCCUCCCAUUCUGAUAAAAAUGGUUUACAUUUACAAAAAGAUUCAGAUGCAAUUUUCAACUAUUCUGAAACCAGCAGGACACACCUGACUUUAAUAGUUUUCUUAGCUGAAAUUGUAGAUGUUUUUCUUCAGUUUAACUUAUGAGAAAUUAUCUGAUGCAUUUUUGUGUUGAAUUUCCCCUUUAGUGGUUUAUUUUGUCUUUUUCUGCCCGUCUACUAAUAAAAUGUGAAAUAAAAUAUACCUGUAUUGCUACUUC